GGGCGGGCACCGCGGCUUUGACAGCGUAGAGAGGGACGCGCGGCGCGGCCCGGUGAAGGCACCCGGGUAGCGCCCAGAGCCUGCGGAGGACUGCACAGCUUCGGCACCGAACGGGGUAACGCUUCGCUGCUCUUCGGGAACCGCUGGGGGAUAUCCAUCCGCUCUCCGGCUUCCCUCUCGUUUUCGGCUCCCACCCGCUUCUUGCCCUCUUUCGGAUCGUUUAAUCCCACCCUCACGGCCCGGGAGGGAGGGAGCGGAGAGGGAGGGGAAAGAAAAUAGGGAUUUGGGGGACCGAAGGGAGCGGAGCGGGGCCGGACGGGAGGGGCAGCGCUGCCCAGGGGAGCGCACGGCAGCCGUGCGGGGAGCACAGGGAGCGGCCGGGCCUUGGGAUGGUGCUUCCCCUGGGGGGAUGAGAAUGGGAACGGGGGAAAACGGGAACCAGAAAAAAGAGGCAGCUUCCUUCCUUCCUGUAUCGGUGCCGCCCUUAGCCUGAGAGCGGCCGGGGGGCUGGAGCUGGGAGAGCUCAUGUCCGGCCAGCCCCGAGGACGGAGCGCUGCUACCCCGGAGCGCUCCCGAAGGGCGGGGGGCAUCUCAGCAGCGCAGGGGCUGAACUCACCGGCAUGAAGGUGGGGAGGAAGCUGCAGCCCGCUGAUGGUGCUGCACAACGUGACGUGGUACCGGCGUUAGAGACAGGUGUGGACAAACUUUGGCAGCUACCAAUGCAAUGGUAUCUUGACAUCCUGAGAAGAUGCAGUGAAAGUGAAGGAGGGAGGGCACUGGGUGCCCUGAGGUAGGAGUGCCCUCUUGCAGCAGCUAUGUUACACUAUGCUUGGCAGCUCUAUGGGAGGUGGUGCCGCUGGUCCAGUCCUUUCAUCCACCUUCUCACUCUGACUGUGGUGACAUUUGGUGUGCUGGCUCCUUUGAUUUGCCACCGACUCCUCUACUCUUAUUUUUAUUUGCGGCGCUGGCACCUGAAUCCCAUGAGCCAGGAGUUCCUGAGGCAGAACCAGCAGGAGGGUCAGGCUGCCCUCCAUUAUUUUGAGAAGCUGCAGAUACCAAAUAUCUCCAAGGCCUCUGACAGCGAGACCUUUCGGCCCUUGCUGCUGGUCACCAUUAUCACUGUGCAGAGGCGGGAUGAUUUCCACUAUGUCUUGCAGGUGGCAUCCCGUUUCCACCACCUCCUCCAGCAGUGUGGGACAAAUUGCCAGAGCCACCGUGUCCUCGUGUGUAACGUGGAGCCUGACCCCAGUCGUCAUCAGGAUGUUAAGCUGCUCAGCAGCUUCUUUCCUACGGUCAGUCGUGACAAAACUGGGGAUGACCCUGACCCCAGAGUGAACCACUUUGAGAAGGAGAAGCAGGACUACGUCUUCUGCCUUGAGCAGUCGCUCUUGGCAUAUAACCCAGAAUAUGUCCUGGUAGUGGAAGAUGAUGCUGUGCCAGAGGAAGAGAUAUUCCCUGUCUUGCAGCACCUCUUCUUAGCCCGAUUCUCCAAACCAUACCUCAGAGAUGCACUCUACUUCAAACUUUACCAUCCUGAGAGGCUUCAGCAGUAUGUCAAUCCCGAGCCCAUGCGAAUCCUCGAGUGGCUGGGUUUGGGAAUGCUUCUGGGGCCUGUGCUGAACUGUGUGUACUCCUGGGCAGCGGGUCGCCCAAGCCUGAAUUGGCCCAUCAUCUUGUUCUUUGCUGCCUACAGCAUGGCACUGUCAGAGCUGGUGGGACGGCAUUACUUGCUGGAGCUGCGCCGGCUGGCCCCUGCGCUGUAUAACGUUGUGCCAGUCACAGAGUGCUGCACACCUGCCAUGCUGUUCUCUGCUCCUUCUGCCCAUCGUGCCUUAGGUUACUUGAAGGGGCUGCAGUGUCGCCAGGGUUUUGCUAAGGACAUUGCCCUCUACUCACUGCUGCGCACGAAGGGGGAGAAUGCCUACGUGGUGGAACCCAACCUGGUCCGGCACGUGGGAAUGUAUUCCAGCAUUCGCCUGAACGACAACCCGAAACUGCUGUGAUGUCUUCAUGCCUUUCUAGACACAAAGCCCUGAAAACCUUGUCACUGAGCUGAGACACUGCAAUCUCAAGUGCUGAACACCCUGCCACUUGCACCAAACAUCCACUGCCUCCAAGUGGACAGAGAACAACCCUUGAAAAAGAAGUUUCUCAAGAAAUGAAGCUUAUGUACACGCAGACCCUAAUAUGUAUUUUGAACUAAUCACCAUAUGGCAUUUAUGGCUUGGACUAGAUGAUCUCAGUGGUCUUUCCAACCUUAAUGAUUCUAUCAUGCUAUGUGAGAGGGAAGUGGAGGCUUUCCGAUUACGGUGUGGGUCAUCUACUCUCCUUCACCAUGAUCAACGAAAAGCUCUCACAACAUUAUGAACAGCUGUACUGCCUACUCUUCUUUGCAUUCAUUACAGAAUUCUCAGCUUAGGGAAGCAGCAAUGCUGGACAAAGUGAAUGUGUCUAAAUUAAGCUAGUGAGGGGAAAGAGCUCUUAUUUGCCCAUCCUCACUAAGGUCUGAUGUCUGCCCUUUCUAUUUCAAAGUUGUGGUUCUAAGCACAUCUUUCGAAAGCAGCACAGAUAUAAUGAGAAUUUUCCCUGAAAAAUCAUGUAGGUUCUGCAAAUUUUACUAAGAGUUUCAGUAUUUCUUACUUUCUCUCCUUACAGAUCCUGUCUGUACCUAUACCCUUUCCCGUCCUUUUGCUCAGAGCAGAGGCCAUUGGAAACUUGUCUUUGCUGCUUUGUUAAAGGUCAGCUCAGAAGGUAGAAAUGGGAAAGCAGAAUAACAGCCACUGGUGUUACACAGCCACGUCACAAAUGCACAAUUUCAUAGAUACAUUCCCAGAAAUUAUAAACAAUACACAAUUACUACCAUGUUGGUAGGUAUCACCACUAGUUGUAGAGGAUCCAGGUUGUUAAGAGCCUUUAUCAGUUGCUGAUUGGACUUAGACAUUCAACAGGCAUUUACCUUGACUUCCUAUCAGCACAGAAGCAAAGGGAAGAUUACAUCAGGUGCUGCCACAGUGUGGGAUCCUUAUUUUGUUUUGGAACUGUGAUUUACAGCUCUGUCGAAGUGGUCCACUCACUGCUCCUGGCAGCAAGCAAAGUGUCUGUAAGAAAGCAAGCUAGCUGUUCGUAUAAAGAAGCAACACAUCAAAGUGUCACUCCUCUGCUGACCAAUUAACUUAACCUGUUCUGUUUGUCAGGCAUUUGGGAUAGGUACUUUGUACUUUAGCUGUGAGCACAGUUAAAUAUAAAACCGUAGGGAUAACAGAGAUAUCAUAUAAAAUCAAGACUGUCACCAAAAUGUAACUGAAAAAAGCCCUCUUGGACUUCAGUGGGCUUUGAAUCAAGUUCACUUUUAGGUAGAGUUUGGUUGACCUAAACUUGAAACCAGUUUCCUAACUUCAGAAUUAACCAAGCACAGCAUUUUCAUUGAGUUUUGGUUGGGGAGAGUCAUUUGUUCCUUUAUUCUUGCCAAAGAAAGAACUCUACUUUGAGUUUUAUUUUUCUCAGUCUCUACCAGGUGAUUUAAGCCUUCAGCUUUUAACAAGUCUGGUUGUAGGUGGGAAAGGCAGUAAAAUCCUGAAAGGUGAAUCAUUUGCAGGCUUCCAGCUGUGUGUCCAUAGUGGGUACUGAACACAAAGUACACGUGCUCCACACAGGUUAGCCAAUUAGAAAUGGUUUCACAGCUUGGGGCAGUGCAUGCUCAAACAGAUGAACUAUGCUCAUCCAGUAGAUCAGCUAGGGCACUUUAAUAUCUUCUUUGGAAAUCAGAUGUGAAUAAAGCUUGCUUGUGGAUUCCAUGUCAUUCCAAGGGCCAAACAUCUCUUCUGCCAGAAGACACAGAAAAGACUGCACAGGCAGAGCCCUUAAGUUCAUUCUUAGCUGCUGAAAACCCCAAAGAUAUCAAAAUGGUCACACAGAACCACCAGUGGCAGGUGGGCAAGCCUAUUCUUGGGUGUUAUGAUAACAAGGUAAGAUGGCAGGAUGUGAGUGUCACUUUCUAUUUAUUCCACUAAGUGCCUGCACCUGCAAGUACAACUUGUUUGCUUAUGCUUCUUCAGCUAUGAAUGUUUCGGUGUGGUAUGCUUUCUCUUCAAUCUUUUUUUUUCAACUUUGUACUGUACAAAUCCAGAACAACACCCUGUUAUUUUCAUGAGGGUCCACUCAUUCUUGCAAAGAAAAUCUCACAGUAAGGUACAAUUUUGAUAUUAGGAAAAAUUUUUUCUCCAGAAGAGUGGUCAGGUGCUGGAACAGGCAGCCAAGAGAGUUGGUUGAGUCACUGUCCCUGGAGGUGUUGAAGAAACAUUUAGAUGUAGUACUGAGGGGCAUGGUUUAGUGGGAAAUAUUGGUGAUAGGUUGAAGAAUCUUGGAGGUCUUUUCCCACCUUCAUGAUUCUAUGGUUCUAUGAUUCUAUAAUAAGUGGGAUAGAGAAAGAAAAAAUGAAGGGAGGAAAAGGAAUUAAGAAACAUUAGAUAAGAAUGCAACCAAAUAUACGGAGUCAAUAAAUGUUUUGAUGUGGGAAAUUA